AUGUCCACGGAUCGCCGCUUGAAAACGCUCAAACUUCGCAUGAAGAGCCUGCAGACGUCUUUCAUGCUUACUAAAACGUUUGUAGAUAAAUAUGUCGACGAACAACAUUCCUUAGAAGUCCCAGUACGCUUGGAGAGCCUUACGAAGCUAUGGACUGAUUUCUGCGCCGUCCAGUCUGAGCUGGAAACUAUCGACGAGGCCGGCAUCGAACAACUUCUGAAGGAUCGAGCCAGCUACGAAUCGUCGUACUAUAAGGUUAAGGGUUUCCUCCUGUCCGUCAAUAAACUGACACCUCCUUCCCCGACACCCACCGCUUCGACUUCUCAUUCGAACUUCCAAGGUCCUACAUCAUCCCAUGUGCGUCUACCGGAUAUCAAACUGCCUGUCUUCAGUGGAAAUUUGGAUUAUUGGAUGAACUUUCACGACCUGUACAUGUCCUUGGUUCACUCUUCAGCGGAACUCUCGAACAUUCAAAAAUUUUAUUACCUGCGUUCUUCCCUCUCUGGCGACGCCCUCAAACUUGUACAGACGAUCCCUAUUACUGCAGCGAACUACUCCGUAGCCUGGAAUUUGCUUGAGGAGCAUUUCCAGAACAAACCCCGAUUGAAGCAGUCGUAUCUCAACGCUUUGUUCGAGUUUUCCACCCUCAAACGUGAGUCAGCGGCAGACUUACAUGCACUCGUAGAGAGAUUCGAGUCCAACGUGAAGGUGCUUCAGCAGUUAGGAGAGAAAACGGAAUUCUGGGAUCUUAUUCUCAUUCGUAUGCUCAGCGUUCGUCUCGAUGCCACAACUCGUCGUGAUUGGGAGGAAUUUUCAUCAGCAAAGGACGAUGUCUCGUUCAAGGACCUCACCAGCUUCAUUCAGAGGAGAGUAUCCGUCCUCCAAACGCUUCACGGAAAAGGCGUAGAAACUCCGCCGUCGUCAUUGUCGUACAGUCAGCCGAAGAAGUUCACCCAACGCCCGGCGGCAUGUCACACCGUCAGCCACGUCAGCACCGAUCGAAAAUGCUCUAUUUGCUCUGAACAUCACCCACUCUAUAUGUGCCCCACGUUCUCGAAUUUGGCCAUCGAGGACAAGGAAAAAGAAAUCCGUCGACUGCAGCUCUGUAGAAACUGUCUACGCAAGGGUCACUUGGUACGAGAAUGCCCGUCGUCCAGUUCCUGUCGAAAAUGCAAAAACCGUCAUCACACUCAACUUUGCCAUGGAGAAACGUCAACAGGCGCGAACCAUCAUCUUACAACAUCGAAACCAACAACAACUCACACUACGGAGGAACAGCCACGAACAUCAGCCUCUGUGACCGUCACCGAGCUACCUAACUACGCCGCAACCGAAUGUAAACAAACCACUGUCCUCCUCGCUACCGCUGUCGUCCUCUUCGUCGAUGAUAAUGGAAGGGAGCAUGCAGUGAGAGCUCUUCUAGACUCGGGAAGCGAAUGUUGUUUUGUUUCAGAGCGAUUCCUCCAAACCGUCACAGUCCAACGAAAAAGGGUUUCCGUUCCGAUCUCUGGUAUCGGCGAAUCGACGGUCAACGCUAAGUUUACAGUUCUCUCCCACAUCCGAUCAAGAGUCUGUAACUACUCCACCACCGUUGAAUGCUUGGUUCUUCCACGGUUGACUAUGGACUUACCAUCCACCUCCGUCGAUGCUUCUACUUGGAGCAUUCCACCCGGAAUCCAGCUUGCUGACCCAACCUUCCACAGCCGCAAAUCAAUCGAUCUUGUACUAGGCGCAGAGGUCUUCUACGACAUCUUCCAUGUCUCGGGUCGAAUUCGAAUUGGCGAUGCACUUCCACCUCUCAUCAAUUCCACGCUCGGUUGGGUGGUUUCUGGAAAAGCCUCCAGUCCACAACCGAAAAGACCACUCGUCGCAAACGUUGCCUCCAUCGCCGAUCUGUCUCAGAUAAUGGAACGUUUUUGGACAAUCGAAGAAGAAACUUCGUCACCAUCCUAUUCCGUCGAGGAAGCCGCAUGUGAAGCACACUUCCAGCAAACCGUUUCUCGAAAUCAGCAAGGUCGAUACAUCGUUCGCCUACCGGUGAAACCUGACGUCUUAACUUCACUAGGCGACAACCGUCGCACUGCCGUACGAAGAUUUCGCAUGAUACAACAGCGAAUGGGAACCGAUCCACAACUUCGUAUACAGUACGUCGACUUCAUGAAUGAAUACCACGCCUUGGGACACAUGCAAAAGGUCGACGACUACGAAACACCUCCCAAACCUUGCUACCAUCUUCCGCACCACGCCGUUGUCCGAGAGGAAAGUACGACCACCAAAGUACGCGUCGUUUUUGAUGCGUCGUGUAAAACUAGCCAAGGACGUUCGCUAAACGAUGCACUCAUGGUGGGACCCAUCGUCCAGGAGGAAAUGAGGUCCAUCAUUAUGCGAUCGAGAACCCGCCGCAUCAUGUUGGUUGCUGAUGCAAAGCAGAUGUUUCGUCAGAUUCUGGUUGAUGAACGCGACACCCCGUUGCUGCGCAUUGUAUGGCAAAUUUCUCCCGACUUACCCUUGGACACGUACGAAUUGAAAACGGUAACCUAUGGGACAGCAUGCGCACCUUUUCUAGCCACAAGAGUUCUACAACAGUUGGCUGACGACGAGCAAGACAACUUUCCCCGAGCUGCCGAAGUACUGCGAAAGGAUUUCUAUGUAGACGACCUUUUCUCCGGAGCAGACAGCGAAGAAGAAGCCAUCGAACUUCGUGAACAGCUCGACACUCUUCUUUCCAAGGGAGGAUUUACCCUACGCAAAUGGGCCUCCAACAUUCCUGCAGUUCUCCAUGAUGUCUCUCCCGAUAAUCGAGCACUACAACCAUCUGUAGAUUUCGAUCGUGACCAAUGCAUAAAGACGCUGGGACUGCAUUGGGAACCCUCUACCGAUUGCCUCCGCUAUAGUAUUUGUCUCUCCCUCGACCCUGUAGAAGCUAACAUCACCAAACGAACAGUGCUCUCUAAAAUUGCACGACUUUUCGAUCCGAUUGGAUUAGUCGGACCUGUGGUAACAUCGGCAAAACUCUUUAUGCAAGAGCUGUGGACGCUGAAAAACAGCAACGGUGAAGCCUGGGGCUGGGACGAGGAAUUACCAGCAGCGAUCAAGGAGCGUUGGCUGGCCUACUGUGAACAACUACCUCGGCUUAAUGACCUGCGAAUCGAACGAUGGGUCAUCUGUCCUACACCGACGUCGAUCCAACUGCAUUUCUUUUCAGACGCUUCAAAGAAUGCAUAUGGUGCAUGCUGUUAUAUUCGUUCAGCAAACUCUUCCGGCACCAUAAAGGUCGCACUACUAACAGCACGAUCUAGAGUUGCACCUCUUAAGCAACAAAGCAUCCCCCGCUUGGAGUUGUGCGGAGCCCUCCUCGCAACAGAACUGUUCCAGAAGGUCAGAGCAUCACUGAACCACACCGGCGAAGUCUACUUUUGGGUGGACUCAACAAUCGUACUCAGCUGGCUGAAAGCACCACCUACAACUUGGGUUACAUUCGUCGCCAACCGCGUCUCAAAAAUACAACAAGCUACUCAGCACUGUGCUUGGAAUCAUGUCGUUGGUCAACUCAACCCAGCGGACUGCAUUUCCCGAGGAACAGAGGCGGAAACCAUCCUGCACAACGACCUGUGGUGGCGCGGACCACCAUGGCUGCAUCUCGAACCCUCUUCAUGGCCCAACCAGCUGACGAGCAAUAUUACAAACGAAAUUGCGCUUCCCGAAGCACGCAAACUACCACUGGCAGCGACUGCAAUAACCACCGAGCCUUCGUUCGUCGAUGUACUAGUGAGCAAGUUUUCGAACUACUUCCGACUUCUACGCGUCGUCGCAUAUUGUCGCCGGUUCAUACGGAACUGCAAGCCAUCUGCACAAACAACACAUUCCUUCCUCAGCUCAGAAGAACUUGGAGAAGCCGAAGCUACCGUCAUCCGAUUGGUCCAGCAACAGUCCUACAACGAAGAAUGGAAAACUCUACAAAAAUUACAACCAGUUUCGCUCAAAUCCAAACUCCGUUGGUUUCAACCCUUUAUCGCCAGCGAUCAACUAAUGAGAAUCGGCGGCCGCCUAAAUCAAGCCCCUCAACCUUUCGAUAGUAAGCACCAAAUUAUCCUGCCAGCAAAGCACGGCUUGUCCACUCUUCUACUUCGUUCGCUGCAUGAAAAGCAUCUGCACGCCGCCCCUCAGCUUCUGGUCAAUAUCCUCCGCUUGCGAUACUGGAUCACAGGGGCCAGAAACCUGGCAAAAACUAUCGUCCACAAUUGCGUCACCUGUGUAAGAGCCCGUCCAAAACUGCUGCAGCAGUUUAUGUCAGAGCUACCUGCCUCACGAGUUACAGCAAGCAGACCAUUUUCCAUCACCGGCGUCGAUUACUGGGGUCCAAUUUCACUCCAACCCCCACACCGUCGCGCCGCUCCCAGAAAGGCUUACGUCGCGGUGUUUGUUUGUUUCUCGACUCGGGCGGUACAUUUGGAACUGGUUGCCGAUUUGACUACCGCCAAGUUCUUGCAGGCUCUCAGACGUUUCGUAGCACGACGAGGACUUUGCAACGAAAUCUACUCCGACAACGGGCGGAAUUUCAUCGGUGCAGCUAACGAGCUACGCAAAAUAAUCCAAAGCAAGGAACACCAUAGCGCUAUCGCAGACGAAUGUGCAUCCCACGGCAUCCGAUGGCGCUUCAACCCUCCCAAAGCAUCACACUUUGGUGGUCUGUGGGAGGCAGCAAUCCAAUCCGCGCAGAAGCAUUUUGUGCGGGUUCUUGGCACUAGCACACUCGCUCACGACGACAUGGAGACGCUGUUGUCGCAGAUAGAAUGCUGCUUAAACUCACGCCCGAUUAUCCCUCUGAGCGACGAUCCGACAGAUUUCGACGUGCUUACUCCUGGACACUUUUUGAUCGGGUCUGCGCUCAAAUCUGUUCCAGACGUUGAUGUCUCCGAAAUCCCAAGCAACCGAUUAGCCAAGUGGCAGCAAAUCCAGAAGAACUUCCAAAUCAUCUGGAAGAGGUGGCACUUGGAGUACUUAGCCACCUUGCAACCGAGAACGAAGUGGUGCAAUCCGCCAAUCGUAUUGGAGAAGGGUCAACUAGUCCUCCUUAUGGACGAAAAAACUCCGCCUAUGGCCUGGCCAACAGCGAGAAUCGUAGAAAUACAUCCUGGAGCAGACGGAAACACACGGGUGGUCACUCUCCGCACCGCCCACGGCACCUACACUCGCCCCGUUAGCAAGAUUUGCUUACUACCGAUUCCAUCAUCCAACGAGAAAUCAACAAAACAAACCAUUCGUCCAGAAGCAGAAUCAAAACACCAACAAUAA